AACUGAACCAUCGCUGCACAGGAAGUAGCGGCUGCGGGGAGCAGCGGCGGCGACAGCUGGGGCUGCCGCACUCAAUGAGCAAGGCUCCCGCAGCCGCCGCCGCCCGCCCCGCUCGCCCCUUCCCCGCCUCCCGAGGGCAGCGGCGCCGAGCCAGCCCGCCGCCGCCGGGGGGGCAUCGCGGACAUCAGCAGGCGGAGGCGGGCAAGGCCGCCCGCCCCGGGACUGGAGGCUGAGGCGGGCAGAGGCAGCUCCGGCUUUUUCCGAGGAGGCGGCGGCGGAGACUGCAGUGUAUCUUGCGUGGUGACGCUCUUCACUUGAGGCUCUUUGCUUGAACUACAGGUCGUUUGGGUGAAGUUCAACAUAAUCACAGAUAGGGAAUAUCUGGAAGGAAGAUUGAGUCCUUCAAGGUCAGAGGAGAGAGAAUUUUCAAGUUUAUACACAGAGGCAAAUGAGAAAGCAAAUCUCUUGAAACAUAAACAGUGGUACUUCCCUGGAGGAAGGAGAUGGGAAUUCUGCUGUUGCUCUGAGUGUUGCCAGGUGCCAGAAGUGGUCCCCAGUGGUGGUGGACAGUUAUUCUGAGUGACGGCCCUUGCACGCGCUUCUGAGUGGUUAUCAUGGGCUUCAUUGCUUUUCUGAAGACCCAGUUCAUAGUUCACCUCCUCAUUGGGUUCGUCUUUGUUGUGAGCGGACUGAUCAUUAACUUCAUUCAACUAUGCACGCUAGUCCUCUGGCCCAUAAACAAGCAGUUUUAUCGCCGAGUAAACUGUCGCCUUGCCUAUUCGCUUUGGAGCCAGUUGGUAAUGCUGCUGGAAUGGUGGUCAGGCACAGAGUGCACCUUGUUCUCAGAUGAAGCCACAGUGAACACCUUUGGGAAAGAACACGUCAUCAUCAUCUUGAAUCACAACUUUGAAAUCGACUUCUUGUGCGGCUGGACUAUGACAGAGCGCUUCGGAGUGCUAGGGAGUUCCAAAGUUCUUGCUAAGAGAGAGCUACUAUAUGUGCCCCUAAUUGGCUGGACAUGGUACUUCCUUGAGAUUGUUUUCUGCAAAAGGAAAUGGGAAGAAGACAGAGAUACGGUUAUUGAAGGAUUAAAACGUUUGGCUGAUUAUCCUGAAUAUAUGUGGUUUCUCCUGUACUGUGAAGGAACUCGUUUUACAGAGACCAAGCAUCGGAUCAGUAUGGAGGUAGCUGAAUCCAAGGGGUUGCCCAAACUGAAAUACCACCUGUUGCCCAGAACCAAAGGUUUCACCACUGCUGUCCAGUGUCUCAGGGGAACAGUUUCAGCAGUGUAUGAUGUAACACUAAAUUUCAGAGGAAACAAGAACCCGUCUUUAUUAGGAAUUCUUUAUGGAAAGAAAUAUGAAGCAGAUAUGUGUGUAAGGAGAUUUCCUCUGGAAGAUAUCCCUCAAGAUGAAAAGGAAGCUGCAAACUGGCUUCACAAGCUUUACCAGGAAAAGGAUGCUUUGCAAGAGAUGUAUAAUCAGGAAGGCAUAUUUCCUGGCCAGCAGUUUAAACCACCUAGGAGACCAUGGACUCUCCUAAACUUUCUUUUUUGGGCCACAGUUCUUCUCUCUCCUCUUUUCACAUUUGGCUUUGGAGUUUUUGCAAGUGGAUCACCUCUCCUUAUCCUUGCAUUCCUGGGACUUGUUGGAGCAGCUUCCUUUGGAGUUCGUAGACUGAUAGGAGUAACUGAAAUAGAAAAAGGCUCCAGCUACGGCAACCAAGAAUUCAAGAAAAAGGAAUAACUCACAGCUGCAGUUCAGCACAUAUAACCAGACUAUGGUAUCCGAUUAACUUCAGUUAAAAAACAACAACAAACACUUAGAAACUAUCUUUUUCUUAAUAACUGAUGACUAAUUAAUGAAUAAUACUUGAGCCAAGAAUGAAGAAGUUGGAGGCAUCAGCUGAAGAGAACGCAUCAACUUUCUGCCUGUUUAAGGAUGACUGUAGUCAAACUAUGGGAGAAAAUCUAGGGUGGGGUGGGGUGGAAGAAGAAACUCAUUUUUCUUGCUUUGUCAGGGGACUUGGGGUUGGGGGGAGAAAAGAGGGCAUUGGCCAUGGCCACACGCAUCUUCAGAUGACUGAAUACACUGGUUUCUGUCAAGAGCACUACACUCACUUUUAUAACAGGAGCCAUUGAAUGUUUCCUCUUGCUAAAGCCAACGUAAUGUUUGUUGAUUUCCAACUUUUUUUAUUAAUGAGCCAGGAAAAAAAACAACCCUUCUUAAAUUAAUUGACAGAUGUUCAUUGGGUUAAAGUCAUUUUGGAAAGGCUGUGCUAUCAUGGCUACAGAUGAAAUCCUAUUUGUAUGUUACACUGAUACUUCUUGUUUUCAGGCAAUGUCUUAAAACUUCUGUAAUGCGAGAGGAUGGAUGGAAGCAGUGCGUUAUUGAUCAGCACACACCAUAAACAGAUCCACUAGUAUUAAAACAGUAUAAAAUUCUCAUCAUAUCUCCUCCUAACUGCUCAAGGCUGUUUAAUUUAAAACUAUUACUUCAGUCUUGAGUGUUGUUUGCCCUGUUUCACAUCAUACAGGUAUGAUAAUCUUGAAUCUGGUUGGGCUUGGUUUGUUUUCUGAAUUAAUGCCAACUGUGGGAUUUGGAGUUGUGCAAAGAAGGAAAUCUAUUCAAUUGUCCUGAUGUUUUCUCCUUUUAUUUCUGUUCACGUCUUUCAUCACCAGAGUCCAGUUAAGCCAACCUCUCUCAGUAAACUGCGAGGCAGCAGCAGAAGCCAGCACAAUAGCUUUCAAAAUGUCAUCUUUUACAAGAAUUUGAAAAGGAGAGCUCUGAUACUGGCAUCUCUUGAACUUCUAAUGAGAGUUUUGACAUUGAUUCAGAUGGGGCCAGGAUCUUACCCUGUGUGCUGUAAUGAAUAGGGUGUGCUGCACUUUCUACUUGGUCAUGCUUUAGGUGUUAAUGUGAAGUGUAUUGCAAGGUGAGCUGUGCUGUUAAGCAUUAGAAAGAGUAUGAGGUCUCUUCAGGGAUUUUUAAUAUCUUUAGUUUUGCUUGUUGACCUUUGGGUUUUGGUUUUUUGUUUUUUGUUUUUUUUCCACUGAAAAUUAGAGAUCAGAAUCAUGGCUGUACCUGUCUCAAUUUUUUUUCCCCUUACCUUCUUUUUUUCUUUUUUUACAAAUGCACAUUCUGAGGUUUUUGUAGAUUGCUGCUGUAUGCAUAGCUGGAGAAUUAUUUGCAAACACAUGGGAACUACCUGUAUGCUCAAGCCUGAAGGCCACAGUCUGCAUUUGGUUACACUCAGAAGUUGGUAAAAUGGGUUGCAGAUCUACAGCUGAGGGCAGAAGCUGACCCUCAGGGUCUGUAUUUUUAACCCAGCUGCCACUAGAAUAUUUAUCUCACUUUUGUAAAGGGCAGAUCUUAUCAAAGCACUGGUUGUUAUUUCCAUCUUUGUUCUAGGAACCAAGAUAAGAAAGUAAUAAUUUACCUUCUUUUAGUAUUUACUCUAAUUGUUGGAAUGUAACCUCCCACAAGUUUUUCUGUUUUCAGACACUGGAAGAGCAAUUUUGUAACUUUGAAAAAUGUUUUACUUGGGGUCAUUAAUCACUGUUCUGUCAUGCACUUGAUUUUUAUCUGUGGUCUUUUCAAGAAGAGGAUUUGAAGGAUGACCUACGUUGUCUGUCUCCUGUUAGAUUCAUCCUCACUGAAUCAUUUGUACCCGUAGCCCCAGCAUUAGUAUGUCAUCUUUGUUCCCUCAAUAAAUCUUCCCUAAGAUAGGGGAUGCAAAACUGUUGUUAAUGUUAGUGAAAUUUGGAAUAUGCUUUGGGAAUUGAGGAGAAGAGAACCUAGCCAUGACUCUGAUUUUCCUUGCUGGAUGUUUUUGUACUCUGUCUUUAAAUAUGGUUAGGCUUCCAAAUGCUGAUAAAGACAACUCUCUGACUUUUCCCUGUUUUUUUAACCGGAGGACUAAAAGCAGUGGGCUUUUCUUUCUCUCUUUUUUUUUUUUCUUAAGUAAUUCAGUAAUGGAUAUAAUUCUUGCUUCUUAGAAAGAUGUUACAAAUGCUGUAUACUUGCUUCCUAAAGAUGAUAUUGAGUAUAUAUAAAUUGUACUGGCUUAGUUGAGCGAGGCUUGCAAAGCAGGCUGACCAUUGACUAUGUUUUAUACUUAUAUUUUGAGCAGUAUAUUAAUGGGCAUGACAAGAAUUUCACAAAAUAAAUCCCUUCUUAAUGCUGAGAAGAGGGGAGAUGCUAAAAGGAGAAGGGAAUUAAUAGCCUUUCUCUUUACGGGAUCCUUUCUCCUCUUAGUGCAUGUAACUCCCUAUUAGGAAUCAUGGGAUUAGUGCAUGUACAUCAAGGGGAGAAUAAUCAACAUUUCAUAUUUUCUUAUCAUAACUUACCGGUCAUGCUUUCUUUUUGAAAAUACAAUAAAUACAUCAUCAGUUACUUAAAUUUUGCUCUUCUAAACAGGCAUAUCAGUAACCAUUGGGAAAACUGAAAUACACAGCAGUGCACAAAACAGUACGAAACCACUACAGAUCUCUUCAUUUUAAAUUUUAUCUCCUCAAAUAGGGGUUUUUAUACACACGUGCGUGCACACGUACACAGAGUAUGUAUAAAUUAAAAUGACUGGAAAUAGCUGAAGUUAAUGUCACUAAUGAAGAUUAGCAGGUGGCUUGGAUUGGAAAAAUGAGCAUAGAUUUUAUAUCUUAUUUUCUUCUGGUUUAAUAGAACAUAGCUUGUAUAUUUGACUACCAAGCCCUUUAAGAGCAAUAAUAAACAAAAAUAUAUCAUG